AGCAAAAAUUAACCAGAAAGCGAAAGAAAGCCGAGCCGAGACGAGACAGGAGGCAAGAUUAGCCAACCGCGCGUCUCCACGGCAACCCACCCCACGCGGCCAGACCAAUCGCCGAUGAACAACCUGCAGGUCGUGCAGCGGCCGACGGCGCCGGAGCCAGUCGCGCCGCCGGCGGAGGAGGCCUUCACGGCCCGUGAGCUCGACGUGGCCCAACAGCUCGUCCACCUCAGCGAGAGCAGCGCGUCCUCGGGCACCCCGCGCGCCCCCGCCGGCUCGGGCGGCUCCUCAUCUCCGCGCUCUGUGAACGCCCGAGCACCGGCCACGGCGGCCGUACUCCUUGGAGGUUGCGCGGACUGGGAGGAAGACGAGGAGCAAGAGGUGGCCGGGAGCCAGCGGAGGGUGAAGCGCUACCGCUUGAUCGCGGAGAUCUAUGCCGCGACGGGGGAAAUUGGACGGCGCGGCGGCAGGAGCCGGAAGAAGAAGAAGGAAUAGAAGACGAGAUGGAUGGAUACAAAGGUGCAGGACCUUCUUGUAAUUAACGUAGGUGCUAGGGGGUAGCUCGUAGUCCGAGCUCUCAGUCCUCCUUCAUGGAGGAGUGUCGGGAUCGAUCUCGCUGUCGAAAGCUUCAUCUUUGCAAUAAGACUUGGAAUUGCUUU